CGAGGAGAGGCCGCAUAUAAGCGUAGUUGAUGUGCAUGAAUACCAUAGCGAGGUUAGCUCUUGUAAACGAAGAUAUCGCUGUAUGAAAUCGAGUUGACGGGGCCCCAGAAAGACUUUAUCGUUGUUGAAGUCCAAAUUCUGCAUGUGAGGGAAAUACGGGCCGCCUGGCCAAUGAGCUGAAGCUCGCCAUGCCUUCUCCUCCUAGGACAAGUCUCCAGUAAGAGUUCCAUACAAUCUUGAGCAAUUGUCUCGAAAGUGAUACUAAGCCCCCAAGUCGGACAAGCGUGACGCAUCGCCUUUUAGAAGCUGUUCCUUGCGGACGAGAUUAGUGAGGGAGCUGCAGAUAGUGGGGCUGGAACGUGCACAAUCGAGAUGGAGGUCAUGAAGACGUGUGCAUGCCUUGAUGAAAAAGUCAUGUCCUUGUUGACCCACGUAGAGAGGUCGGAUGUGUUUGUGUGCUACUCAAUCACUUUUAUGCUUGUCUCUGGAGACAUUUGCCCAGUCGAAUAUUUCCAGGGCACCGGGCUCUUCAAGCCUGGUUCUCUUCCAAUUCUUCAGAGCCUCCACAUUAAGCACUCAGUGCUGCAGGACGAACAGGUCGCUGAGAUACUGAACAGCAGCCUAGUGCUGACACCCAGCAAGCCAAGAGCUACUCUUUUUGGAUCCUGGAUAUUCCGAUCGCUAGUCCAGCACUUUUCAUAUCUGAGAUGCUUUGAGCUGCAAGCAACCUUGGGCGUGUCUAGCAUGAUGGUGCAGCAGGUACUUACAGCCUAUCCUGUGCUUGGAGAGUUAGCUGCAGAGAAGGUGGACGUUAAACAUAUUCUUGGAGACGUAGAAGGUGCAGAUCAGCAGGACACAGCAUUUCACCUGCAGGAUUAUACCUAUUUGAACUUGCGAAUGCUGCGGAUCUUCUCCUAUGGAUUGAGUGACAAAUCGCUGGAAUGA